GCCUUUCCAGUUACAUAACCGGAGAAUACCUCGAAAAAUGUUAGUUUGGUGCAUUUGAGCAGUGUAGUUACAUCAUUUUCUGAAUCCCGGAAGACAUCGAGAUGAUAUUUCAGAUCGCAGCACUAUGCUGCAUUUACAUCUGGUCAGUGGAGAGUGCAGUACUGGACCCGUCACUCUACUUGUCUCCGAGUCCACCGCUAACUGACGUUAGUGGAAGUCUGACUCCUGGAGAGUUGUGGACCAGGCCAGUGGAGAGGAUGGCACGGAACACUGGAGAUACAUUACCUGGUGUUACUGAAGAAAAGCCAGUGACAAAACGAAAACCACAACCUAUGGAAAAAGCGAAGUUUUUCUGGCCAUCACUUCGUUCAGCGCACUACAGCGUAGGCACUGGUAACGUACAAGUUCCACUAACUUUCAGCGUGUCUGGUCUUUAUGGAAGAUAUUCUCCAGGAACUGUUGGGUCAUCAGGAGUCAUUGGCAGCUCCUAUGGAACGAUAACAGAUAUUGGUGCACCCAUUUCCUCGGGCUUAGCUGGUACUAGUUAUGGAAAAUACAGAACCUAUUCAGGAUUAAGAAUCUAUGGAGGAGAAAAUGGACCUGCGUGGAGUGGCUGGGGCAAUGGCAAAUGGGGACACUACGGGAAAGGAUAAAAUAAUAUUGAAUACGCAAAUAUAAAAAUUCAUCACAA